AUGGUUAAUUUUUCAAGUCAAAACGAUAUUGUGUCCUACAAAAAAGAGCAAGCACUAGGGGAAAGUCACAAUAUUGUGGGAUUGUUUCGUCAAUCCGGUCUCUCACCCCAGGAUGCACUCCUUCAGGCCAAUUCCUUGAUUAGACAGCGCUAUCAUGAAUGGUAUCGUUCGUUGGCAUAUCUCCCAAGCUUUGGAGAAAAGGUGGAUCGGGACAUCCAAAAGUACAUUGAGGGUGUCCAGAAUGUGGUUCUGGCUAACAUACACUGGAGGUAA